AUGUCAAGAUCUUCAAAAGGGCCUGCGGGGAGCGGUGCGCCCCUCGAUGGCCCACCAAACAGUCAACCCGACCCGAUGAUUGCAUCGCAGUCUGCCCGAGGAAAGCAGAGCAGGGUACAGGAUGCGGCAAAGGCGCAGGAGCUUGAGCAGGACUUCAAGACCAAGCACAUUGGUGUGUUGGGUGUGCUGACCUGGAUUUUACAAGGAAAUGGUUGCUGGCACGAGAAAUCCUUCGACAAGGCUGUUGUGAUCAUAAUUGACGCACUGCGAUACGAUUUUACUGUUCCAUUUGUUCCGAAGGACGAGAGCGAGACAGUCCACUUAUUCCAUGACAACAUCCCGGUCCUCUACGAAACCGCUGUCAAUAACCCCGCCAAUGCCUUCUUGCUUCCUUUUAUCGCCGAUCCGCCGACGACAACCCUGCAACGUCUAAAGGGAUUGACUACGGGAACUUUACCCACCUUCAUUGAUGCCGGCUCCAACUUCGCCGGCACUGCUAUCGACGAGGACAACCUAGUGGCCCAACUGCACAGCGCAGGAAAGACUUUGGUUCAACUCGGCGAUGACACCUGGCAAUCCCUGUUCCCUGGCUAUUUCGAUGAUAACUUGACCCACCCAUACGACUCUUUCAAUGUCUGGGAUUUGCACACUGUCGAUAACGGCGUUAACGAGCACUUGUUUCCAUUACUACACCCACAAAACGCAUCCAAGUGGGAUGUUAUCUUUGGCCAUUACCUUGGCGUCGACCAUGCUGGCCAUCGCUAUGGACCAAACCACGCUGCCAUGGCUGCCAAACUGCAAGAUAUGGACCGUGUCAUCAGACAGAUUAUUGCGGCUCUUGGCGAAGACACCCUCUUGGUCGUAAUGGGCGAUCAUGGGAUGGAUACCAAAGGUGAUCACGGUGGCGAGUCGGAUGAUGAAGUUGAGGCUGCGCUGUGGAUGUACUCCAAGCGGGGCAUUUUUGGCCGCACAAGCAAGGACACUCUCUUGCCGCCCAAGGAUGCCCGCGAGCGUUUCGUCCCCCAGAUUGAUCUUGUUCCCACUCUGUCAUUGCUGCUUGGAAUGCCAAUUCCCUUCAACAACCUGGGCUCGCCUAUCGAGGAGGCGUUUGCCGGAUCAAGCGGCAAUGACUGGGCAAAUCUGCUCGCUGUCAACCGUUUGUCUUCAGCGCAGAUCAAUAGAUAUCAGCAUGCCUAUGCGAAUGCCCAUGGGGCGGGUCACGACGAACAAUCAUCCGCUCUUUGGUCCGCCGCAGAGGAGGAAUGGAAGUCUACUUCGAAGGGAUUGAUGUCAAAGUCUGCUGCAAUCCGAUCCAGCUAUGAUCUCUACCGCAAAUACCAACGCCAUACUCUAGACACCUGCCGCGGACUCUGGGCAAACUUCGAUGUCCCCAGCAUGAUCGAGGGCGUUGCUCUUCUGUUCAGUGGGAUCAUAUUGCUAGUCCUCUACGCUCGUGUGUUGAAGACGGACCGCACUGAGCUUACGGCUCAGUUGCUGUCGUUCGUUGCUGUUGGAUCGGGCAUCGGCGCUGUGGGAGGAACCGGCCUUGUUCUAUUUGGAUUCACUGAGAUGACCGCUGUCGAAUCUGCCGCCCUCCUGGCUGCAUUUGGAAGCAUGGCCGGCGGUUUAUUUGCCAUGGUCAAGAAGCCCGCGAAUCUGUCCCUACCCUUGCCUAGUGGCAUGUGGGGGUGGCUCGCAAUUUUCUUCACUGUUUCCCAAUCCGUUGGGUUUGCAUCAAACUCCUAUACCAUCUGGGAAGAUGAGAUCCUGCUUUUUUUCCUGACCACCUUCGGUGUUUGCGCUGGCAUAUCCUCUAUGCGCCAGAAGUCAACUACAGACCGUGUGUUGGGUGUCUACCAUUCCAUUCUCUUUGUAAUUCUCGGCCGCGUGGCGUCUUUCUCACGUCUGUGCCGUGAAGAACAGAUGCCUUUCUGCCGAUCUACCUACUAUGCAUCAUCCACCUCUUCCAUCUCGGCUCCAUGGCAACUGGGGAUUCCCUUCUUGGUUACUCUCCUUCUCCCAGCCGUAAUCCGCGGAUUCUACGCCGGCUCCAAAUCAUAUGAAGGCGCCGCGACCCUCUGGAUCGGUUUCGCUUUCCGUCUGGGCCUGUUGAUCACUUCGUUGUUCUGGAUGCUGGAAGGUGCCGACGACGGCGAAUGGCUGCCCAUGAGCAAAGAGACCCUGAAAACCGUCCGAGUUUUCUUGGCCCAGCUCGUUCUCGCCCUUGCCUUCGGCGCCGGCACCGGGGCCUUCUUCUACUCAAAACCGUGCGUCAGCAUCAGCGUGAGCAAACCUCCCCCGGAGGACCCCAAUGCACCGCCUGCUCCCAUCAUUGCUGGCCAACAGCAGCAGCCGCGCACCACUGUUACCAUUCUUGGCUUUGGAAACAUCUAUGGCACGCGCUUCUUCUUCCUUGUGGUCAACUUCUCCCUUGCGAUCAUCUUGAUGCAGAAACCCAUGGGCCAGGGCGCCAUCGCCCUGCUCAUCUGCCAAAUCCUGUCUCUCCUUGAAAUUCUCGAUACAAACGCCUUGACCCUCACUAACUCUUCGAUCGGCCCCAUCGUCCUCGGCCUCCUCGGCUCCUUCUACUAUUUCAAGACCGGUCACCAGGCUGUUCUGAGCAGCAUCCAGUGGGAAACUGCCUUCAUCCCGCUGUCCACCAUCAAAUACCCCUGGUCCCCCCUCCUCGUCAUCCUCAACACCUUCGGCGCCCAGAUCCUCGCCGCCCUCGCUGUUCCCCUCACUGUUCUCUGGAAGCGGCCCCUCCAAACCCACGACCGCGUCUCCCAGCCCUCCCCGAAAGACAAGUUCGUCAACCCCGCCACCAAGCUGCUUUCCGACGUCGUCCAGGCGGCCUGCACCCACAUGCUCUAUCUGGCGACCAUCAAUCUGGCCACCACAAUGUGGGCGGGCCACCUACGCCGCCACCUGAUGCUCUACCGAAUCUUCAACCCCCGAUUCAUGAUGGGCGCGGCUGUACUGGGCGUCGUCGACGUUGUGCUCAUGGUCUUUGCUGUUGCGGGCGUGCGUUGGAGCACGCUCAGCGUUGGUGAGGUUUUUGGUUGGUGA